CCCACCUCUCUGUGAGCCGGAGCCGCAGAACGCCAGCCAUUCUGCGUGAAUCAUCGUGUGAUUGAUGCGGGCCGGUGUGUUAUAACCACAUCUCUGUUGAGUCCUUGGCAGCAUCACACGGCUGUCAUGCUUAUUUUAAAGGCGGCCUGUGGAAACAUUCCGACCAGCUAACGCGGCUCGGACUACCCUGGCCCCCGCGUCGCGUGCACGGAGCUCUCGCGACCAGCUGUGCGUCGCGGCGCUGCCUCGCGGAUGAGCGACGGCAGGAGGAUGGCACUGCGUUGGACCGUCGGUCUGUGUUCGUCCUCGGUGUUUUAUUAGGGGCUUAAUUAGCUCAGAACUAACGUUUACGACCGACUGGCGUGGAAGCGACGUUAAACGCGUCCGCCGUGAUUAUGGAAACUGAAUCCAGGUUUAAGGAUUUCUGAUUAGAUUGGCCCUCCAGCCGCCCAGUCAGGCGACAGCCAGGCUCAGUGAGGAGGGAGACCAGCGCUAGAGACCCCUUUACUGCACCCACACUGUGUCACUCCUCACACUCCAUCCUCAGCACCAUGUCCAUCCCCAGCAGCAGCCCAGAAAGGGAGAGAUCCGCUGGAGUUCAGCUGGAGUGCCCCUCAUCUCCUCCUGGUUUGGACGCAGACCCCCCAUCAACAGGCAGCCCAGUGCUCAGCCCAGACUCUUCCUCCCAUGAUGCAGUGCUGUCGGCACCCGCAGCCUCUCCUGCAGACUCUGAGAAUCUGAGUCCAGAUGAACUUGAGCUGCUGGCCAAACUGGAGGAGCAGAACAGGCUGCUGGAGGCUGAUUCUAAGUCGAUGCGAUCUAUGAGCGGCUCGCGACGCAACAGCGGCUCCUCUUUGGUGUCCAGCUCCUCUGCCUCCUCCAACCUGUCACACUUUGAGGAAGAUACCUGGAUCUUAUGGGGCCGUAUUGUUAAUGAGUGGGAGGAGUGGAGACGCAAGAAGGACAAGCUCCUGAAGGAGUUGAUAAGGAAAGGUAUUCCCCAUCAUUUCCGUGCCAUCGUCUGGCAGCUGCUGGGCAACGCCACCGACAUGCCGGUGAAGAACCAGUACUCUGAGCUGCUGAAGAUGUCGUCUCCCUGCGAGAAGCUAAUCCGUCGGGACAUCGCCCGCACCUACCCGGAGCACGAGUUCUUCAAAGGCCAGGACAGCCUGGGGCAGGAAGUGCUCUUCAAUGUCAUGAAGGCAUACUCCCUUGUAGACCGAGAGGUGGGUUACUGCCAGGGCAGUGCUUUCAUCGUUGGCUUGCUGCUAAUGCAGAUGCCAGAGGAAGAGGCAUUUUGUGUUUUUGUGCGACUGAUGCAGGAGUACCGUCUGAGGGAACUGUUCAAACCCAGCAUGGCCGAGCUUGGCCUCUGCAUCUACCAGUUUGAAUAUCUUCUACAGGAGCAGCUUCCAGAACUGAACGUCCAUUUCCGCUCCCAGAGUUUCCACACAUCCAUGUACGCCUCUUCCUGGUUCCUCACCCUCUUCCUCACCUUCCUCCCUCUACCUGUCGCCACACGCAUCUUUGAUAUAUUCAUGUAUGAGGGCCUAGAGAUCAUCUUCCGUGUGGGUCUGGCCAUCCUGCAGUACAACCAAACCGACCUCAUUCAGCUCGACAUGGAGGGAAUGUCGCAGCAUUUCCAGAAGGUGAUCCCCCACCAGUUUGACAGCUGCCCCGACAAACUCAUCCUCAGGGCCUACCAGGUCAAAUACAACCCCAAGAGGAUGAAGAAACUUGAGAAAGAAUACACCACAAUUAAGAACAAAGAAAUGGAGGAGCAGAUUGAGAUAAAGAGAUUACGCACAGAAAACAGGCUGCUGAAGCAGAGGAUUGAAACACUAGAGAAGGAGAGUGCUGCUCUGGCAGACAGACUGAUACAGGGUCAGGUGACUCGGGCACAGGAAGCAGAGGAGAACUAUGUUAUCAAACGGGAGCUGGCGGUGGUGAGACAGCAGUGCAACACGGCCAGUGAGAGCCUGGAGAAAGCCCAGGAAACCAUCAGGGAGCUGCAGCAGCAGACGUACACAGAGCAGUUUGUGAACAACCUGCAGACGCAGCUGGAGCAAUCCCGGCUGCGCGAGGCCGAACUGCUCGGCGCGCUGAAAGAAAUGCAAGACAAGGUGCUCGAUCUGGAGAAGAGGAGCAGCUGCCUACCUGAUGAAAACAACAUGGCCGCCCUGCAGGAAGAAGUGAAGCAGAUGAAGCUGCGGGAGCUGGAGACGCUGCGGUCGUUCAGAGAGAUGCAGGACACUGUCACUGACCUCAACCAGCGCUGGCAGCAUCACAUGUCGCGCAGCAGCAGCACCGGCGGCGGAGGCCACUGGAAGGAAUCCCCGAAGAAGAAUGCAAUGAAUGAGUUGCAGGACAAACUGAUGACCGUCAGAUUGAGGGAGGCCCAGGCCCAGGCUGAACUCCGGGAGGUCAAACUCAAAGCCCUGCAGCUGGACAGCCAGAACCAGAUCCACAGCAAACUGAUUGGUCGUCAUGAGCAGGAACGCUCCGCCCUGCAAGAUCGCCUCCAGAUGGUAGCCAAUCAGAACAAAGCUCUACAGGCCCAGCUCAACGAGAUGAAAAGGAAGCAGGCGGAGUCGGACUGCAAGAGUAAAGAAGAAGUGAUGGCAGUGAGGCUGAGGGAGGCCGACAGCAUGACUGUCAUGGCUGAACUCAGACAGAAGAUUGCUGAACUUGAGAUACAGAAAGAAGAAGGGCUGAUCAAGGGGCAGCUGAACCACUCAGACUCCAGGCAGUACAUCAGCCAGCUCCGGGACCAGAUUGCUGAGCUGAAGAAUGAGGUCAGGCAGCUGCGAGGGCAGAAGGCGGCGCCGAGCUCCCGGAUCGGCUGCGGAGGAGGAAGCACCAACUACCAGGACCUGCUCUUGGCCAGCCCCACCUCCGCUGAGGGAGACUACCUGAGUUCAGACGAAGACCUCCUCAACAGCCCACUACCCGCCACCGCCCUUUACCCCACGCUGUCCGACCCGUGUCACCCGUCUACCCGGCUCGACAGCGAAGGCAGCACGGACAGCGAGGCAGAGGAGCGGGUACAGACACAUCCAGACCCACAGCAGCUUUACAGCAACAUGGUGUGUGCUGACAUGCUGGACAACUGAGACCUGCAAAGGCUUUAGUCGUUCCUUUGCAUUUUUUCCACCCUAAGGAGAUUCUAGGGGCAUCUCUUACUGUUGAUUUUCUUAAUCAGUCUGAUCCUCUUUGGCUUUCCCAGUGUUUACCGUUCGUGUGACGCAGACAUGGUGGCACUGAAUGACCGUCUUCUGUUCAUCUGUUCCUGAGCGUCUCAACGUCACCGAAAAGUCUUAUCCAGUGUUCCUUCAAGAAACGGCGAUGUAAGGCCGCUCUCCAUAUCCGUGUGCCAGAAACUGCAUAUCCUUCGAAACAUAAUCACCCAACAUGCAUACAGAGAGGACUGACUGUAUCACAACUGCUGCUGCUCGCUGCUCAAGAGAUGGGAAACCACAUUUCCUGAGUCUCUACGAAUGGAGAUUUUCUCCCAUAACACACUGUAUACCCUAACUUCUCCUUCCUGCUUGGCUCAGAGUUAAAAACAGCAUCAUAAUCACUUUUCUCCCUCAGAAGAUCCAUCCAUCCUUUCCGAUUUCUGUGGAAACAUUGUUGUUUUUUUUCCCCCCCAACAAUAUAAAGUAUGAAGGUUGCUGUAGAGGAACAUACACACACCGUUCGGUUACAAAACAAGAUGGUUUUCCAAAUAAUUCAUAUUGAAUACUCGUCUUGUCUGUGUGUAGCUUGCAGUUGCCAAGAAGCAAGCACGUUAAUGCAACAGUUCAUCUUUAAACCGUUUCAAAACAACCUGCGGAAAAGGUAGAUAGUCAAAGUUGCCAAAUCGUUUUUGUUUUUUUAAAUGAUUAUUUAUAUGUUUUAACUUAUUUUGGUAUGUUUUUUUUCUUCUUAUUUUUUUAUAUAUCUGUAUAAACUCUAGUCACUAUAGGGAAACCAAUAGAGGCCAAACUUUACACCGUCCUUUGUGCCAACCUGUCAUUCCUUUUGGGUUUACUGUGACACUGUUUCAGAGACAGAAAGAUGUGCUGCUAUGAUUUUGGAUUUAUCCUCUUUUGGUGUUUUUUUAUUUUAUUUUUUAUUUUAGUGGUAUUAGAUCGCUGCUUUACUGAAAACAUGUCACUUUUUCUUAUGUGCCACAGUUCAAAGUUGGGAGUUACUUUGCAAAAGGAGAAACAAAAACAGUUAACCUUUUCUUUCACACUAAGCACUCAUAAGUUUGGUCUUUAUUUCACCGUCUUUUGACAUUUAGCUUAACAUGGAGAGUUAAAUUUUGCUUUCUCUGAAACUAAGGGCAUAUGAUGUUUAACAGUAAACACUGAAACACUGUGUAACAUUGAGUGCAAAGCAUUAAUGAGAGGAAAAUAUAAACCUAGCUGCAUUAUUUACCUGACAAAUUCUGACAGAUCUGUUAGAAUUAGCUAUCACAAUAGACCCAAUUAAAGUUUUUGAGUUUAACAUCUGACUUAUUAGAGGAAGAGUUUUUAACUUUUCUCUAACGGUGCCACAGUGUUUGAAUUAAUCCGAACCACUUCGGUGUUCCUGGUGAACAGAUUUGAUUGCUUUAUGAAAGAGACGACCUUGUUUUUUUCAUUUGGGGUUGCCAAACGUCAAAUAUAAAAAAUUUCAUACCUAAAAGAAGCGUUCUGCACAAAUUGGAUGCGGACCGUAAUUAGUUUGAUAUUUUGAAAGUCUGUGCAAAUCUGUUUACUGAUCAUAAUCACAUCGAUAAACUAUUGAUACUUCCUAUUUCGAUCAGUUUUGUUUUAAUUUAUGUUUCUCAGUCAGUCACUGGUUGUAAGUCUCUCAUCAUCUAUGACUGAUCAGACUUGCAGAAUAUUGUCUGAAAUUAUUCUUUAUUUCAAUUAUAUGCCUUGAUUUUUUUUUUUUUUUUUUUUCAGUCUAGCCAGUAGAGGACAAUUCAUUAAAAUGUAUCCCUUUAACUCAAGCGAAAGCCUUUUUUGAUCUAUAUAAAGCAUAUAAAAUAUAACAGAUAGCAUUUAAUUUGGUCAAACAUCAAGCCCUACAACAUGUCUGAAAUAUGUGUUGGUUUAGAUGCAUUCUUUUUAUGAACAGUGCAUGUAUACGAGGACCAAAGGUGUGAAACUCAGUGUUUUGUUUCAUCAAGAUAUUGUACAUUACACAGUCCUGUUUUAGUUUGUUUUUCUGUCAUAUUUAAGAAUUUACCAACCGCCUGGGAAUUAAUUUGUUAUGCUCUAUAAGAUGUCCGAUAAUGGUUAACCAAAUUGUUUGGUAUGCAAGAGAAGCAACACAUUGAAAUGUACCGGUGAGAAAGACAGAUCAGUUUAUCAGUAUUCCCUGUUUGUAGUUGUUAAAAGCUGGCAACCCUGUCGGAUUUGUUUCACCAUCAAUUAGCUUUGCAUUAUCAGGAAUUCUGCUCAGCUGGAUCCACAAGUUUAUUUACCAAUAUCACAUUUCGACGGGUCAAAAUGUCUCCUACUUUAUCUUGCGAGGAUGUUAACAAAACGUCUUUGAAAAUGGAAAGUGUGCGACUGAAAAAUAUUUUUCAUAUCAAACAUAGUGUUCUGUUUAAACACAAAGUAUUACCUACAGUGUAAUUCAGAUAUUUAAAGCUAUAUCACGGUUGGUCAGAUCUUGAGUAGUUUGAAAAGUGAAUAUGUUGACAAACAGGUUGUCUUCAUAUAAAGCAGCCAUGUUUGCUUUUUUGCACUAUAAAGAAAGAUUGAGAAAAAAGUUAGAAGAAGAUGAGUAAUUUUUGGAAAUGCAUAUAAAUUGUUUCUCAUUGUUUUCAUCUACAGAAACAGAUUUAAUGGGUGAGUGGUUUAUGUCCAACACUUCUUCAGGUGCUUUACUUCAGUUCAUUCUCAAAUUUAAAAUUAAUAACAGAUGGCAUUUAAUUUGGUCAAACAUCAAGCCCUACAACAUGUCUGAAAUAUUAAGUUAAUCUGAAAUAUUAAGUUAAUCUCAGGAAAUCAAUCCUAAUCCUUGUAGUUUAUUCUGUCUCUUUAAGGGCACCCAGUUCAAAAGCUUUUUUUUCCUCUGAACAAUUUUGUUGAACAAGCAUUGAAACUAUUUUAAAAUGAGCAUCACAGCCACACUUUUGAUCAGCGCAAGUUGUACUGUUACUUAAGUUUCUUCAUUUUCCAGCACGUUUGCAACACUUGGGUAAAGAAUUCCUCCCCUGUAACGUUUCUUUUCGUUGUCCAAAUGAAACCAUGACAAAAUGCAGCCUCAAUGCCAUCUCCUGCGAAAUAAGGAAACCUCCAGCACUGGCUACCAGAGCUACAAAGAGGAUGUUGGCUUCCCCACCACACUGUUGCAAAUAACAGCCUUUUGGUGUCAACAGCUGGAUGUAGCAACUGAAAUCUCGACACUGGAAUCGGCAUCGAGAUUUUGGAUACAGUCAGGCAAAAAAGAAAUAAAUAAAUGGAACGUAUAGGCCUCUAUGUGGGGUAAGUCAUAUUAAUAAUACAAAUAGGUAACGAGUUCACCCCUGUGAUGUGUGUAAAAUAUGGCAGAAUACAACAGCUGGCUAAAGAUGCUAAAGGGCAAUUUCACUCUCUUUUUGUUUUGGACUAUUGGUUCAAAAGUGCUCAAACCUGAACCUCAUAAUUUAACCUUUGAAUUUGAUUUCAAAAGGAGUUAAAAGGGUAAGAAUGAAUAAAUUAAUCAAAUGUUUGAACUUGCAGGGAAAUUACUCUGAGAGGAAACGAAAUAAUCAGUUCCUGACACACAUCCAACGUCAGUGAACUUCUCCUCGGUGAUGGUGCUCUGUUCUCACCACUGUCUCAUCCCCACUAGAUCAACUGUGAUUACUUUUUUAUCAUUUGUAAAUUAGUUUUAAUAUGGUAGCAUUAACCUUCAGUGUCAUCAUCACUACUUUGACUUGUUAGCAGUGCUAUAGUUUGUGAGAAAAUGAUCAAACGUGCCAUAAAAGUUGGGAGAUUAUUGCAUUAUAUCACCAUUUUUGUCUUGAAUUCGAAGCUGUUUUACAUGGGACACACUGUGUUUAUCAUCUUGGAUUAGUCAACAAAAAGAAAAGAUUUUCUUUCACUUCGCCUGAUCUGGGAUUCCUCUCAUCUCUGUACUGUAUGUGACUGCUGUUUCAUACCCUCAGCAUCCAGCCUCUCAUGCACUUCAACUCAUGUUGUCAGACAUAUUAUUAUUAUUAUAUGGCAGUAAAAUGGUAUAGAUUUCAGUAUGAUGGGGAUAAAUACAUUUCAGUGUCCUGUAUCCUAUGAAUGAUGCAAAAUAAACUUUGACAUUGCACCUUU